AUGACUUCGGAUAAACACCUUUUUGUGCUGAUUCACGGGCUAUGGGGUAACUAUACUCAUAUGGAAUCUAUGAGGACAAUUUUAUCCACUACAUUAAAAAAGGAAGAUGUUAACGAUGAUAUGAUAUAUUUUUUACCAAAGCAGAAUGCCAUGUUUAAGACGUUUGAUGGUAUCGAAAUCAUUGGGUACAGGACAUUGAUUGAAGUUUGUGAAUUUAUCCGAGAUUAUAAAGACGGGAAAAUCACCAAACUAAGCGUAAUGGGAUAUUCGCAAGGCGGAUUAGUGGCCCGAUUUAUGAUCGGUAAGAUGUUGACCGAAUUUAAAGAACUGUUCGAGGAUAUUGAACCACAAUUAUUCAUUACAAUGGCAACGCCUCAUUUGGGGGUAGAGUUUUACAAUCCUACGGGCAUAGCAUAUAAAAGUGCGUUAUAUAGUGCGCUGAGGACCUUGGGAUCUACUAUUUUAGGUAAAAGCGGGAGAGAAAUGUUUAUCGCAAAUUCUAGUAACAAUAUAUUGGUGAAAUUGAGCCAGGGUGAGUACCUUGAAGCACUCUCGCUAUUUAAAUGGAGGAUAGCGUUUGCGAAUGUCAAAAAUGACCGUACGGUAGCCUUCUAUACGGCGUUUAUUACGGAUUGCGACCCAUUUAUAGAUUUUGACAACAAAUUGAAAUAUACAUUCGAAGAAAAGAUUCCGGGAUCUGGCUAUAAAGGAAUAUUGCCUAAGAUUGUCGACCUAAACGCUUUAAACGUUAACAGCCAUGCUCCUACUAAACCGACCAAGACUUAUAAAAAGUGGGGACGCACUAUUCUUAUUAUACUAGUUGCAACAUUCUUAAUUCUCCCAAUAGCCCUGGUUAUGAAUGGCCUGGGAACCGCUUAUAGUUAUAUUGUUACUUGCAAGUACCGCAAAAUGCUCUCUAAUGGCAUUCUUCACAAUGAGGUCAGAGGAAAAUUAGGAUUGACGGAGCAACUGAAAGGCUAUGUUACAGAUGCAUACGGGUCCAUCAUAAAUUCGGCUUUAGAUAUGGAUGCGAACUAUGAAGCAAGUAAUAGUAAUCUUGUAAACGAAGAAGAGCUUCCUUGGAAGGAAUUUAUCCAAAAAUACACAACUAUAAAUGAUGGUGUUUGGAAAUCUAAAUUUAAAAAACUGCCUUUUGAUGAAAACCGAAAGGUUAUUUUGAGAAAUCUAAACAAAUUGAAAUGGAUUAGAGUUCCAAUAUACAUAAAGGCUGUAAAUGCGCAUGGCGUGAUUGUGGCACGUAGAGGAAUGGACGAGAAUACAGCUGCUACUGGGAUUGCUUGUAUCGAAUUUACGGCCCAAUUACUAGCAUACUUGAUGCACAAGAGUAAUUGA